AUGGAGGCUAAGUGGAAGAAAGGGAUUCGUCCAGUUGAGUGGCCUUCUCGCGAGCAGUUCGAGGCGAACAAGCGUCUCUUUUACCAGGAGGGCAAGUUCCACCUCGCCAUCGCCGGUUCUUCAGGAAGUGGCAAGUCGUCUUUGGUGAAUGCAUUCCGAGGCGUCUGGGAUGACGACGAGGACGCUGCUCCGACUGAUAUUGUUGAAACCACCUCGGUAGUUACUCCCUAUCCUGAUCCUAAUCCCAACAACCCUUUCGUCUGGUUCGAUGUCCCGGGCUCGGGCACUCUCUCAUGUCCUGAUUGGACCUAUUUUAAUGACCAAGGCCUUUACAUCUUCGACGCCAUUAUCAUCCUGUUCAAUGAUUGCUUCACAGCCACCGACGUAGCAAUCCUUCAGAAUUGUGCGCGUUUUAUGAUCCCAGCCUAUAUUGUUCGCUCUAAAUCUGACGUACACAUCGACGACCUCAUCAAUAAAAAACUGCGAAGCGCUGGACCAAGGGGCGACCUUGUGAAGAUCUCCGAGGAAGCUCGUAAGGAGUACAUCACGAGGACGCAGGAGAGCGUCAGGUUGAAUCUCAUGAAGAAUGAUCCUCCGAUCCGCUCACAGAAGAUGUACGCCGUCUCACGGGACACUCUGGCAAAGGUUGUCGGAGAGGAGCCGCUCGAGGAUAGCCUCGUGCUGAACGAGUUUGAGCUGUUGAGGGACAUCCUUCAGGAUGCGUAUUCGCGACGAUCUGAAAAGUCAUACGGCUCGAUGGCGAAUCUCAUGAAGAAGGCCGGCAUGGACGAGGCGAUGGAGGCGAAGUGGAAGACAGGUAUUCGUCCAGUCGAAUGGCCUUCCAAGGAGAAAUACGAGGCGACGAAGCGUCGUUUUUACAAGGAGGGCAAGUUUCAUCUCGCCAUCACUGGAAUUUCGGGAACGGGAAAAUCGUCUCUUAUCAAUGCCUUUCGAGGCAUUUGGGAUGAUGAUGAAGGUGCUGCUAUGGCCGAUAUCGUCGAAAGCACGUCGAUGGUUACCCCUUACCCUGAUCCGAAUCCCGCCCACCCAUUCAUCUGGUUUGAUGUCCCGGGAUCGGGAACGCUUGCGUGCUCUGACUGGACCUACUUCAACGACCACGGUCUCUACAUUUUCGAUGCCAUAAUUGUCCUCUUCAACGACCGCUUCACUGCCACAGAUAUCGCUAUUCUCAGGAACUGCGAGCGAUACAAUAUCCCGACGUAUAUCGUUCGCUCUAAAUCUGAUAUUCACAUUGACAAUAUCAUCAAGAAGAAAAGGCGGGGAGCUGGCGCGAAGAAUGACCCUGCCAAGAUUCUUGAUGAGGCACGCAAGGAGUAUAUUGUCAGGACCCAAGAGAGCGUCCGGUCGAAUUUGAUGAGGAGCGAUCCUCCUAUCCGGUCGCAGAAGAUGUAUGCGGUCUCUCGGGACACGUUGGCGACCAUCGUCCGAGAGGAGCCACUGAAGAAUAUGCCUGUGCUGAACGAGGUAGAGCUGCUGAGAGAUAUCCUUCAAGACGCGCAUUCACGACGAGUGGCAGACAAGUCUUAUGGUUCGAUGUCGGAUCUUAUGAAAAAGGCCGGGUUAGAUAUUUUUCAAUUCUUUGCGAACUAA